AUGGCUAACAAUCCAUGUCCAACAAAUGUGGAGAAAGAAAAUAUAGAGAAAAGAAAAGAGGAGCUACGAACUAUAUUUGAGAACCAGAGUGAUCUUGUAAAAGAUCUUCAAAAGAGCGCCUUCACCCUUGCAAACUACUACUUCGUUUUUCAAGGAGUUAUUUUGGGGGGCAUUGCCAAUGUUAGAUGCUCAGAUCGUUGGUUCUUUUUCAGUCUCUCUCUAAUAGCGGCCAUACUCAAUCUGUUUUCAUUGAUUGUAAUUGGAGGGAGUUAUAAAAGAAGCCUCGUGCAUAGAGACAAUACCAUCCGGGAACGCGAUCAAUUGCAAAGUACUCAGGCCAAGCAAAAUUAUUCGCAUAAUUCAGACCGAAGAUCAGAGAAUUCACCAAAAAUACAAGUUUCUGAAUGUGAACCAAGUCCUUCAGCGCCAACACAACAUCAAGAGGCUGCUUCCCAAGAUCCUAGAAGCCUACAACCAGCUUCUGAACUGAGACCAACUACUUCAGUGCCAAGACAACAUCAACAGGUUGCUUCUCAAGAUCCUGAAAGCGCUUGGUCCGCUCAUGUUGAUAAAUAUAAAAAAAUUCUACGUGCUAUCUACUUCCAAAUUUGCAUUGGUCUCUUUGUAAGCUUUGCCAUCAUCGUGCUUGUGAGUUGCUGGACCAUUCCCUGUAGGGAAGCUCACCAUGGCAAGCACCCCAGUGAGAAGUGCAUUAGGCUUUGUGAAGGCACCGGGUGUAUAAGCAUCUGCACCCAAUACUAG